UGAAAUAACUGAGGUCACAAUGUUGAGGAUGUUCUUCCCAAAUCAGGAUAUUACCAUAGUAGCAGUAGUUAUGAGCACUUAGUGAACCACAGAAACGCAACCUAACAAGCACACACACCACAAUAUUCAGAAAUAAGAAUGAAGAAACCACAAGUCUGAGAUGAUCAAAUAGGUCCCAUCAACUAGAAAGUCAUGAUUCAGACAGCUGCAAAAUGCUCUCCAGGUUCCUACUGUUGUGUUAAUAAAGUCAAGAUCCCUUUGCUCUAUAGGUUUUAGCGACUCUAUAGGUUUUAGGUAACAAUGGGGAAAAUUCAGUGAUGAAAUCUAAAAAUGGGUUGGCUACAAUGAAGCUGUAUUUUACAGUUGUCUUGACUCUCUGCAUAACUCUCCUCAUCACUCCAGGGUUCACAAAAAAGCCAAAAAUAAAGAAUGCCUCUGAUUGUGUAGAUGCAGGUGGUACCUGCGAAGAAAAGAAGUGUACCACAAAAAAGCUUGGCAAGUGUGACAAGAAAUUACUUUGUUGCGAAGGAGUUGAUUAUUCCUAAAACAAGCAGCAGGAACCGAUGAAACCCAACCCAUUGUUCAUUCAACCACUGCAUAUUGUUGCAACUGCAAGUGCAGCGAGUCUACCUGUGGCCACAGAACAUAAGUUUUACAUGCACAGCAUUUAAGAUUUAACACAAUGGUUCUUUCUGCAAAGUGAUUUUCUGCUUUUAUGCUCCACCCCCUUCCAAAAAUAAAGUGAAUGGAAGUGCA